CCGGUAGGGCAGUUACAGCAGUCUCGCAGACGGUCGCGCCCCCCCGGUUCUGCGUGUUUGUCGUCGUCGCCGUCGUCGUCGUCGUCGUCGUCGUCGUCGUCGCCGCCGCGUGUCGUACCGUACGUGCGUGUGCAUGUGUGCGUGCAAGUGCAAUCGUGUGCGUCCGCGCGUGUUCUCGUGGGUGUCUCUGUCUCCGUCUCUCUGUCUGUCUCUGUCUCUCCCGUCCGCGCGGCGCGUAAACGAGUUGUGUUUUAUUCGGCGGGACGCGCGUGUGAAUCGUGUCCGCGUUCCGGGACGAAAUAAAAAAUAAAAUCAAAACAAACGUUGUAGCCGUUUCACGGCACGUCCGAUCGGGUACGGUCUCGUCGCGUUCCCGCCCGGGACAACACACCUCGGUUCCGGUGCACACGACGACGUCGCCGCCGCCGGUCCAGGGCACGUCCGGCGCGCGCGCGGACACAUGACCGCGUGGCCGUCGCGGACGAUGGCCGUGUCCACGGUGGCCGCAGCAGCCAUCGAUAGCCCGCGCGCCGCCGACGAAUCGUACGCCGCCACCGGAACCGCACCCGGCACCGCUCGCCGCGCCGCCGAAAACCGUCCGCGCGACCAUCGCUCCAACGUUUCGCUACGUCACUUCUUCUACUACUGGUGUUGUUCUAAUUACGCUACUGCGGCGGUGGCGGCCACGACGACUCUGUGCCGGUCGGCCGCGUUACGCCACCGUCUGCACUGAUAUUAUGGGCCGCCGCCGCGUAGCCCGCACCGUGUUCCGGCAUCGUCGUCGUGUGCGGCCAGCGGACCGCCGCCGUCGUCGCGCGCUUGUUGUUAUGGUCGAUUGUGCGGGUCACCAGCCCGGCGACACGACAUGAUCUCUGGCGUCGACACGACGCUACAACGCAUCAUCGCCGCCGCACUCGUCGGAUCAUCGUUUACCCAGCAGUCAGCUGCAGUCGCGCUCUUUUACCGUCACUACCAUUACUGCUGCACUACACCGCUACCGGCUUAUUAUCCGUCAAGUACAAGGAGGAAAAAUGCGGAUUCCGCGGCGAAACGGCCGGAUCGGUUGUGAUAGAGUGGUGGCGCCGGUCCCGGCGGUACAAUGCGCGCUGCCAGCACCGGCGGCGGUCUCGUUCGUCUCGUCGUCAUCUGGCUGGUGGUGCUCGCAGCGCUGGUCAUGACCGCAGCCGGCGCCUCGUCAACGUCCGCGGCGGCCACCGUCGUCACGGCCACCGCAACGGCCACGGCCGCCGCCGCCGCCGCUGCCGCUGCUGCUGCUCAUAAGACCGCCACGCCGCCGACGGCGAUGUCGGAACCGGGUGGCGGGAACGUGACCGCGGGCCGCGCGCCGUGCGAGCUGGUGCGCGUGUCGCUGCGCAAGCCGGCGUGCACCGGACAGAUUAGCGAGGGCCCGGGCCCGCCGCCGCCGCCGCCGCCGCGGUGCCCGUCGUGCACCCGACGUUCCGAUAAUAAUAAUAAUUAUAAUAAUAAGAAUAAUAAAAAUAAUAAUAAUAAUAUUAAUAGUAAUAAUAAUAAUUACAAUAAUUAUAAUAAUAAUAAUAAUAAUAAAAUAAAUAAUAAUAAUAAUAAUAGUAAUCAUGAGUGCCUUGAAUACGCCCGUCGGGAGCUCAUACCGGAAAUGUGCCCGGACGACCCGACCGCGUACCGUAGUCGGCCCGGCCGCCUGUCCCGGUACCGGCUCCGACAUUGCUGUCACCACACCGUCGAGUCCGUUGCGCAGCAGCCGUACGGUGACCGGCAGUCGUGCUACGACCGGGUGAACGAAGCGCUCGACCUGGACGACGUCGCGGCCGCCAUGUCGUGCCAGUUCGACGAGGUUCUGGCCAGGUACGAUUGCAAUCAGAUGUACUCCGCCAAGUCGUGCGAAUCGUGCAAGGACGCUUACGCGCUGUGGGCGUGCGCGGCAGUAUUGCCGCACUGGACGCGGUCGACAGAUGAACAGGGACGCCAUUACAGGGUGAACGCUUGCCAGUCCGUUUGCCUGGAGGCCGAACAGAAGUGUCCGUGGCUGCUUCCGGUGGCCGAUGACGCCAAUCCGUACGCUGGCGAAGCCGCGUUCACGUGCAUAGAUCCGGACAUCGGGUACCAAAUGUCAUCGACGAACGCCCCGGAGGAUUGCUGCUACGAGCACUGCGCCGAGCACCGCCUGUGCGUGCGCAACUCGACGGCCUGCGACCGGGGCGACGGGCGCGCGGACCAGCGGCCGCUGUGCGUGGAAGAGGUACCGCUGACGGUCGAGGAGUCCGAGUGCACGGACUUCGGUCCGACCGGCUCGUCCGCGGCCACCCGUCCGCCCACCGUCACGCCGCCGCUACUGGUGGCGCUGCUGCUGCUGCUGCUGCUGCUGGCCACGUGCGCCGGGACCGCGGCCGCGGCGCCGACGGCGGCCGUCACGUGAACCGCCCGACCAUCACCCCGGGACCGCGGUUGCCACGGCGACCGCUGUCGUUAACGUUUGCCGCGGAUCGCGACAGAAUUAUUAUUAUUACGCCACGCGUUACACCGCACCGGCGAUCAAUGUUUAUCGGAACGCGUUUACGAUGCGCCCCGCAGCACCGGUUGCGAUUCCUCCUGAAAACCGAAACCAACGGUUUUCGUUGGACGAGAAAAACCACGAAAAAAAAAAAAAAACACACACAAUCCACAUAAUUGUAUUGUAUUUUAUGCGAAACCCGUUGAAUACGGAGUGCGCACAAUAACCGGCCCGUAACACUAACCCGUCCGCCGGACUCGCGCGCGGUCUUCCGUCGACGACGUACGAUUGCGUGAUGUGUACAAUCGUUUGCCGCGCGUGCCGAAGGAAAACACGACGCUCUUGUCACCCGUACACCGAAAGGGUGUGUGCUUGGAGUCGUCUGGCUGCCGAGCCAAUGGAGUUUGAUAUCUCACCCCUGCACGGCAGGGUCCUCAAUUCUCUCGAUAAGACUACACACAGAUUGUACACCACUACUCUUCUACUGUGCACUAUCGCUUCUACCGAUUUAAUUAUUGCUAGUGUUACUUGGACGAUGACUUUUCAUUACAUCUCAAUCGCCGAGCCCGUGCUCCCCUUUCCCGUCGAGCCACCGUAAUCUAUCGGACCGAUCAGGCAUAACGUAAUUUUCGCGCAUCCAAACGUAACAUAACAUUCAACCCGGUAACGUAAAGGAUCCAACCUCAUCAUAUUUAUAACAACAACAAACGGUAAUUCAAUUAUACCGGAGGUAUAUUGCUUAAUCGUCCGCUAUCCCAGUUACUCCUAGAACCGACGUAUCCACCUGUCACCCUUGUUGUCUCGUUUCAUUAACUGUUCUUCUCCUUCCUUGGUACCAAAAACUUUUUUUUUUUUAUAUAUAUUUUCUAACCGCUUCCCAUUUCCGAACACUUUGUAACAUGACGUUCUGAGCUUGCCACUCAAGAAAAUUCUCAAAGUUAGAAUUUGGAGGCAACUGUCCCUCGACAGGAAUUGCAUCAAGUAGUAUUUUGUUCCUCCAUAUGGUUCGCUAAUCCGGUUUUUCGCACUGUGUUCGAGUCGUCUCGUCUGUUCAUCCUCAAUUCAUUCGGCGCUCCAUUCCUAUUGCCACCAGUCUUAAAUCUUCAAGUCUCCUGUUUGCCAUGCUUCCUUUGUGCCGUUUUUUUGGAGUUCCCUCAAUACACACCGAUACUACUACUACUUCUCCUCCCACUACUAAUAUAUUAUUACUGCUACUAACUACUACUAUUGUACACACUACUAUUGUAACUAGUUUUGCGCUCUUAUCACAGCUGUACUGUUUUGAUAAAACGAAAAAAUAUAACGUUAACUACGUGCAAUGUUAUAAAUGUACAGACACAAAUAUUAUGGAUAGUAUAACCAUUAGAGAGUGGCCACCGGCAUCACCGUUUUAGAUUGGAUUACCCGUUUUCUAUAUUAUCGAUCAGUAUUUAUCAUUCUAAGCGUUCGUCAAACACUCGAAAACAUAAUAUAUAUAAUAAACAGAUUACAAAAUGUGUAUAGUGGUUUAACAUAAAUUUGAAGUCAGCAUCCAUUUACAUAAAGUCUUUGAAGCGAAUACGUUUACGCAAUUACUGUACGUUAUGAUUCGAAUUUAGUUCGUCCCCGACCAUAGGCUUGCACAGACCUGUAUUUUAAGGAGUGCCUAUAAUAAUUUUGGGUCCUAUCUCAAAAAAAAAAAAAAAAA